AUGUUCAGUACAAGCCACAAUCCUUUUCACAUUGACAGACUCGUCGGAAGAAACAAUUAUGCGAGUUGGAAAUUCGCAGUGGAAGCGUAUUUCAAGCUUGAAGAUUUGUGGAGUUGUGUCGAAGGAACUAAUACUGAUCCCAGGAAAGAAAUAAAGGCAAAAUCUAAGCUUAUUUUACUGCUUGAUCCGAUUAAUUACGUGCAUGUACAGAGCGCAACUACAUGCAAAGAUGUCUGGGAUAACUUACAGCAAGCUUUUGAUGACAGCGGGUUAUACAGAAAAGUUGCCCUGUUGAGAGACCUCAUCACAACUACAUUGGACAGUUCUCAAAAUGUAGAUGAUUAUGUGAAUAAGAUAAUGUCAUCAGCUCAUAAGCUUAGGAAUAUCAAAUUUGACAUUGAUGAUGAAUGGCUUGGAACACUGAUGUUGGCUGGUUUACCCGAGGUAUAUAAACCAAUGAUAAUGGGAUUGGAGAGCUCAGGGAUCAAGAUCUGUGCAGACUCUAUCAAAACUAAACUGCUGCAGGAAGUUCAAUGCUCAGAAAGCACAGCAUUCUUCAGUAGGAAGACAGCCGUUUACAAAAAUCAUAGUACAGGAAAGGCCUGUAUUCAGAAAGGGCCUCGAUGUUAUAAUUGUAACAAGCACGGACACUUUGCAAAGAACUGUCGUGCUCCGAAGAAGAAGAAUAUUGAAAAAGUAGAAGAAAAUAAAAGUUUUGUUGCAGCAUUUUCAGCAUGUUCACAAACAAUGAAUCCGGACCUUUGGUAUGUGGACUCAGGUGCCUCCAUGCACAUGACAAAUAGAUCUGACUGGAUGUAUGAUGUAACAAGUCCACCGAUACCCACCAUAACUGUUGCCAGUAGGACACCACUACCUGUGGAAAAUAUGGGAAAGGUUAAUUUAUUGAUAAAUGGUAAUGAACAAAGUAAAAUUCAGGUAAGAGAAGUUCUAUACAUACCUAAACUUGCUGCCAAUCUCUUAUCAGUAAGUGCUAUGGUAAAAAGUGGCUGUAAGGUAAAUUUUAGAGAUAAAUGUUGUGAUAUUUAUGACCAAAGUAAUAAAUUCCUCUGUUCAGCCACAUUAGUAAACAACUUGUAUCAGUUAAACACUCACAGAGAAGUCUUCUCUAACCUAACAUACUCAAAUAACUUAAAUGAUAUUGUCCUGUGGCAUAGACGCAUGGGACACCUGAACUUUUCAGAUGUUAACAAGUUACCGGAGUGUGCAGAGGGAGUCGAUCCAUUCCCUGACUAA